AAUUGAUCUGAAAUGGAGCUGACUGCAUCCAGCUGUGUCUCAAUGUUUGUCUACAUCUUCACCUUCUUGCUUGGACUUCCCAGCAACCUUCUCGUUCUUUUCGUGUACAUCCGUAAGGCUCGAAAACACGGUGCCACUCCCAAUGUAGUCUACGCCCUUAACCUAUGUGUGGCAAAUCUCGCUCUAGUGUUGUGGAUGCCAGUCAAAGUAGCCGAGACGGUGCUCCAGGGUUGGGCGCUUCCAGCUGAGGUUUGUCCUGUUUACAGCUUCUUCCUGUUCUUCUCAGUCUACGGUAGCAGUCUGAUCCUCACAGCAGUCGUCGUGGGCCGUUACCUGAGUAUCGCCUUCCCCAUAACUUACAAGCUCUACCGCAGGGCCCGUACUUCGUGCCUGGUGUGCGCCAUCUUGUGGGCUUUAGUGCUCUUACACUUGGGUUUUGCUUAUCUUGCUGAAGGAGGGGGACAUUUUGUGUCUUUAUCAGAGCAUAAUGUCUCCGCAUGCUAUGAAAACUUCACCCAGGAGCAGUUGGAAGUGCUGGUGCCGUUACGCCUAGAGAUGGCGCUGCUGCUCUUCCUUCUGCCGCUUGUUUUGUCAGCAUUCUGCACGCUGCGAUGCCUUGUGCUUGUCAGACACUCUUCUUUGCCCUCUGGUGGGAAAAGAAGGGUAUUAGCCAUUGCACUCUCCACAUUAGUAGUGUUUGUGGUCUGUUAUGGACCCUACAAUGUUUCCCACGUGGUGGGCUUUGUCUUGUACACUAAUGUGGGGUGGAGAAGUGAAGCCAUGCUUUCGAGCUCCUGCAAUGUGUUUCUAGAGCCCGUGGUUAUGUUGAUGCUUUCGCCGUGGACGCCGAGGGAUUUGGUGGACAGACUUUGCUGUAAGCGAAGGGAUGCAUCAUGCAAGUUGUGGCAUCAGCAUUACUGCAGUAGGGCUUCCAGGAACCCUCAAACAACAACUACACAGGCUGCGUCAAUAAUAAGCCAUGGAGAAUCUAAAGAUGACAAAGCAAGAGCAAACAAAGCAGACCCGUCCAUAAAGGUGACCUGAUAAAGGUACACUCAUGGAACAAGUUUUACAGGCCUCAGAUCUGGAUCAGAAAAAAACAAAACAAAACAAUGGUCAUCUAUUUUUACAUUACACAAUAACCGUGGACAAAAGCCCAUGUGACAGUUUGCGGUUUGCAAUUAGAUACAUACCAGGAAAAUGUGAGAAGUAAGAAACAUUCAUGUUUAAAGUUAGUAUUUAAAAUGAGAAGGAAGCCUAAGCCAUAACCUGAAGAGUCUUGGUGAGUAUAAUCUAUUCAGAUGUUUUUGAAGAUAUGUUGGACUGGAAUAAACCCGUUUAAUUAUUUAUUGUGUUGAAAGUCUAUAAAAACAGAGCAGUGAUAACAGUCAAAUUUGAAUUUAGUUGCCAUUAGUUGUCAUUUUUAUAUAUGCAUCAGAGCAUUAUAUUUAAUUAUAAAUUAAAAGUGAAUCUGAAGGAUGCUACUUAUUGUUUGCGGUUUUAUACACUCCUUACUUGUAUCGGAAACCAAAAACUUUAUACCUAAACCUGAUCAUACAAAGAUCCAAAAGAACAUUUUAAUUUAUCUAGUUUGAUUUAUAUUUUUGUUUGCACAUUCAAUUGAUUUGUAUUAUCAAGUACAUCAUUUUUUCAGAAAGCUCUUGGCAGUUUGAUCCCAGCAGAUAUAAUAUAAUAAUUGGUUACACUUUACAAUUAGGUUUCAUUAAUCAACAUUUAUUAGUCUUACUUAAUGUUAAUUUCAACAUUUACUAAUACAUUAUGGAAAUCAAAUGUUGUAUUUGUUAAA